AUGUCCCGUCCCACACAAACAAAAUGCUGGAUCGUCAGCAACAAACCCCAUGGCACGCCCACCAUAUCGGGCCCCGAUCCAACCUUCACUCUAACGACAAAGUCCCUCCCUUCAAGAAUAGGCCCAGACCAAGUCCUAGUCAAAGUCCUACACCUCUCCAACGACCCCGCCCAACGCAGCUGGAUAAACCCGACCUACCCGCAAGAGCGGUUCUACAUUAAACUCAUCGCAGAAGGCGAGGUCAUGGCGUCCCUGGGCGUCGGCGAAGUCGUUGAAUCGACAUCAUCCAAGUUCAAGCCCGGAGAUCGUAUCUCGGGGGUGAUGGGGUGGGCGGAGUACGCGGUGCUCGGGGACCAGGAUCUCAUAGUACAUGUGAAACCGCUGCCGAAUGGGCUGGGCGAGACGCAUUAUCUGGGUGCGUUUGGACUGACUGGGUUGACGGCUUAUUUCGGGUUGGUCAAAACUGCGGCCGUUAAGGAGGGUGAAGGGGUUCUUGUUUCUGGGGCUGCGGGGGCGACGGGGAGUAUGGUUGUGCAGCUUGCGAAGAGGGUGCUGGGCUGUAAGUAUGUUGUUGGGAUUGCAGGGACGGAGGAGAAAUGUCGGUGGGUUGAAUCGUUGGGUGCUGAUAGAUGCGUCAAUUACAAAUCGCCAUCAUUUGUGCAAGACCUCCAGGAGGCGACGAAAGACCGUAUCGAUGUUUACUUUGAUAAUGUCGGCGGAGCAGUCUUGGACGAAGCGCUCGGGGUGCUCAAUGUCCAUGGCCGAGUUGUCGCUUGUGGGUUUAUUGCUGGGUACAAUGGAGAUCAUGGUCCGCCGCUGCGCAACUGGUAUAAUGUCGUCACCAUGAAGCUUCGGAUCGAGGGGUUUGUUGUCUUAGAGUAUUACAAUGAGGCGGACAAGGCGAUCGAGGUUAUAGGGAAGGCCGUUGUUGAAGGGAAAGUGCAGCUGGAGGAAAAGAACGAGACGAUCAUCAAAGGAGGAUUGGAGGAUGUGCCGAAAGUCUGGAUGAGACUAUUCGAAGGAGCCAAUACUGGGAAGCUGGUGACGACUCUUCAAUAG